AUGGCCUCCUUGUUCUCAAAACCUGAUCAUAUCUUCCUGAGACACAAGGUAGAUUGUAAUAUGCUUGAUCUGGAAUUUGCCGCAUGCAAAUCAUUAUUCUGUAUUACCACGGAUAUUAUAUCCCGCUAUCAACGCGUAGAUCGAAAAGAUGUUGCCACUUUUAGUAUCGUCAUAUCGCACAUCAGGCCAGCGAUGAGAGCAGAAUUUGUUAUAGAAAAUGUUAUCUUUCGUGGCAUUAUAGUACAAAUUACCGGGGUCCCGUUACCGUCUGGCAUAUGGUCCCCUAUCGCCAUUCUCUUCGACCUACUCAGGAUAAUCGUGAAUUACCCAUUAGGCCUAUCACCGCUGUUAACAGAAGAGGAUAUUGAAAAGGGGCUUAAGUUUGCUUAUUGUCUGCCAGGAGUUGGAGCUCAGCAGAACGAGGUGGCUGUCCUGAAUUAUCACUUUCACUGCUUUGCCUCCUCCAUGUACGCCCUCGAUGUAAUGAACGAUCCUUCCUUUUUCGUAUUCGCAAUGCGCGACGCACUAGAAAGCAGCUGGGACAGUGCCGAUCACUACGACAAGUUCUUCAACUCGGUCAAUCAAUGGAUUGUUCAAUGCGGAAAUAAGAUAUAUCGGCUGAUCAAGCGCGGAUUCGAACCAACCUACGAGGCAAUGUAUCAUCACGGGAAUCUAUACCAACUCGAGCUUGAUAAGACUUAUGGUAGUCACCACCCUACCCCUGGCUUGACGAUGCAUCGCUGGGAGUUCUGGAAGAAGCGCAUCGAGGAUACGAUGAUCUUCCUCAUCGACUGCGAACGCCCGCUAGAUGUCAUGAGGGAAGGAAAUGUGGCCAGACAGGCUGCUGCACAUAUGGAUUUGCUGUCAACAAUUUGGAACGUCGAACAGCGCGAACUAGUCAGACUGGGCAUUAAAAAAUAAAGCAGCGAGGUAUAUUUUUAUUUGGGCAGGGUUAAAAGUUAGUAGCUAAGUUCUUGAGGAGCUGAGUAGUUCAGUCAAGUAUGAGAUGUUAACCAUACAUGCUUUAGAUAGUUGAAAUUAGCGAAUCUUUUCUUUACUUCCCUUGUCUUGUGCCCCAACUCGGAGGCAACUGUUUCUUAAGACGUGUUAAAUAUUACUCUCUUUUCUUCUAUCUCCCUUUCCACCCACACAAUUCAGAGUAAGUUUAAUAUAACUAGGUCUUAUUAAAGUAGAAUUUGGAUAACUUGUAGACAUCAUGGUGAGGUUGUUACUUGGUUGGUUGGUUGGUUGGUUGGUUGGUUGGUAUAUUUAACGCCGGGGCGAGGGGGAAGGACCAGUCCUCGCAGACCUCCCUAGGGGUAUGCGGCGUGCAGAGCUAUCUAAAGACUAAUAUACACUGUAUCUAUAUACAUUAUAAUUGGUGAGGUUGUUGCGUUACAGUUAAGGGAUUAUAUUAAAUACGCAUGGAUCCACGCGUUGGAUCAACGAAGUUGUUUCUAUGCUGUUUGGUUCCACCUUCGGUAUUCAACGGCCCUUGG